AUGUGUUCUUACACAGACAGACAGACAGACYGAUAUUUUGCUGUGGCUGUCUCUCUCAUCACAGGGAAGAUAGUGUACAUCUCGGACCAGGCGGCGACCAUCUUGCACUGCAAUCGGGAGCGGUUCACCAACGUUAAGUUUGUAGAGUUCCUGAACCCUCAGGAUGUCAAUGUGUUCUACAGCUUCACCACACCCUACAAUCUGCCCUCCUGGAGCAUGUGCACUGGAACAGAAUCAGCUCCCACGGAGUGCAGGCUGGAGAAAUCCUUCUUCUGCCGCAUUAGUGGUGGAAGGGGGAGAGGAGGGAGCCUGCAGUACUUCCCUUUCCGUAUCACCCCCUACCUGUUGAAGGUCCAGGAUGCUGUACUGGCUGAGGAACAGUCCUGCUGCCUGCUACUGGCUGAGAGGGUACGGUCGGGCUACGAUGACUCCAGGAUCCCUUCUGACAAGCGCAUCUUCACCACGACACACACACCCAGCUGUGUGUUCCAGGACAUAGAUGAGAGGUGA